GUACGCCGCAGUCGAUUGUCGCCAUUGUCGCUUGAAGGAGUCGCUCGCGUUCGUGCUACGUACUAAUCGAUUGUCGAUCAAUGAUAUUGUGUUGUGUGUAACUGUAACUAACUGCAAAAGGAGUGUGAAGCCAGCAACGUGGAUAUUGAGUAUCACCGUGCCAGCGGUCACUUGAUGAGUGCCGCUGGUACCAUGUGCGAUCGCACGUACGGGUCCAUGGGCCACUUCCCCAUGACCCCGAUCUCCAUGAGCAUCGGCAUGGAGGCGGUGAUGAGCAAGAAGUCCCAGGAGGAGCACAUCAAGCGGCCCAUGAAUGCGUUCAUGGUCUGGUCGAGGUUGCAGCGGCGGAAGAUCGCGCAGGAUAACCCGAAGAUGCAUAACUCGGAGAUCUCGAAGCGAUUAGGUGCAGAAUGGAAGCUCCUUACAGAAGACGAGAAGCGGCCCUUCAUCGACGAAGCCAAGCGUCUCCGAGCGAUCCACAUGAAGGAGCACCCCGACUACAAGUACCGGCCCAGGAGGAAACCGAAGACCCUGAGGAAGGAGGGCUACCCGUACUCUAUACCGUAUCCCAGUGUGCCUAUGGAUGCGUUGAGAGCUGGCAUGGCAGGUGGGGGCAUGGGACAGGCGAUGUCCGGGUACUACGGGGCCGCGUACGGCCCGCUCGGGGCCAGCAUGGCGGCCGCGGCGGCUGCAGCGGCGCAGCAGACCGCUAUAUCGGCUGCUCUUACGCCUAAUGCACAGGUCGGUUCAUCGAUGGACAUGUCGAAAUACUCGAUCGAGGACAAAUACAGAAGCUACGGUAUGUACCCCGACCCCGCUCGCGGCUACCUCGACUCCGCGGCCCUCUCCAAAGCCUACAUGUACAUGGACCAGCAGCAACAGAGAUCCUACCCGAUGGACAUUAGCAAGAUGUACUCUGAAGCAUCCGCAGCCGCUAUGGCUGGUCUAAGUUCAGUUAACCCCUCAAAUAUUUCACCAAGAUCGUCAGAAUCACCUGAUGUGACCCCCAAGAAUGAUCGCACUGAAGGAUCGUCUACAGGAUCUAACCCCUCCCCCUCUUUACCAUAUUAUCAGUCUCCUGGGCUCUUAAUGCCUCAGUAUCCUGGACAGUAUGCACAGAGCACGCAAAACGGUGAAUUUCGGAGACCGUUGACUGUUAUUUUCUGACCAGAUAGUUAGUUUCCGAACUGAUGAUACUGCUCUGUACAUAUUUUUAGAUGUUUAGUUCGUUUUAUUACACUUGUUUAUCCUUGUUUUUUUUUGCGUCACAUUUUGUGCCCAGUUUUUGAUUGAAUUAUCAUGAAAGAGGUGUCUUUCUUUGUAUCAGUCGUUUCUUUGUUUGAAUGUUCGUUGUAAAUCAUGUUUUAACGAAAUUUAAAGUUCCUUUUAUUUUGACUAGUAAAACAACUGAUUGUAAAUAUUUAUUAUGUAAAAAUUAUAGAUUUAAAUCGUCUUUUUAAGAUUUGUUGUGAUAUGGUAAAGACAAGAUUGCAUGUAAAGUGAUUGAAAACUGGUAAAUUUGUGUUCAUAAUAGAUUUGGAAAACUACUAAAUCGGAUGGAAGUGCACUAGAAAAAUAAAAUUAAACAAUAAAAACCUAAGUUUUAACCAAUUAUUUAUAAAAUGUAGGUACUUCUAUUUCACCAAAUAUCAAACACUCGCUAUAUUAUUCAAUCUGAAUUGGUGGUUUUUCAAUACAUGUGUCAUUUUCAUAUACAUAAAAAAUCCUAGAACCAAUAUCAUAGCGGAAUUUUGAUCAUAGCAAAUCUUAAAAAGUAUUUCAACAACGAAUAAAUAAUAAUAUAUUGUAAAUAAUAGAAUAAGAUUUAGAAGUUUAUUUAAUAUUACGCGCAUUUAUUUUAAAAUUAUAUAAACAUAUCUAAUUGUUAUGAUUAUCUGAGAAAUACUUUUUUAAGUAUUUUCAAAAAUAUUUUGUUAAUUUUAAACACGAUCAUCUCGUGUUCUUAUUGCAUUUAUUUUGUUGCCAUAUUUAAACAAAUUCGAAUUUUUGAAGUGACAACCCUAGAAUCAUUUAGAAUGUAAGCAAUAUAUCAAGAAGCAAUGUUUGUCUUUUAUUAACCGACUUCAAAAAAAAAGGAGGAUGUAGUUAUGUACGGUAUGUUUUUUUUUAUGUAUGUACACCGAUUA